ACCAGCCCGCUGCUGCUGUUCGGAGGGAAACCCGUCAUAUCUGUGCUUUAUCUGAAGCCACGACCGAGAGGUUGUGAACUGAACAUGGGCAAGGAGCAGAAAAUACCUUUACUGACUUUGUUUGACUUUGCUUUGUCGCCUAAUUUAGCGACCAUAACUCUCUUGGCUAUUGCGGAGCUAGUUCACGUUAGCAUAGAGCUGGCUAGCUUAACGGUCCCUUUUGUGUGAUUACAGUUCACAUGUUUGAAUUCAAAGUGAGGAAUAUAAAAAGUAAAUUAAAGCAAGCUAUUCUAUUUUUGCCCGGUUAGCUGGAACAGCUAUCGCUGUUUGAUAGCAGAGCAACAAGCGGUCGCUGUGUGGCGCUGUUCCGUAGGCAGCAUGGACCAUAAGGAAACAGAGGAGGAGGAGGAGGAUAGCGAGGAGGCUCUGUUUGUUGAGAUCUUCAGUAGUUCAGAUGAAGAAGGUGAAGGAGUGAUGGAGUUAAGCUACCGGAAACGAGCUGCUCGGCUCAGCAGGGAUCCUUCUCCUCCACUUCUCCUGGCCCUCUCGUUCUCAUCUGGACGGGUUCCGGAGGACGGCAGCGCCAGCCCGGCUUCAGGUACUGGAGAGGAGGAGGAGGAGGAGGAGGAGGAGGACAGGGAGCAGCCUGUUGAGGAGUGGAUGUUCCUGGGAGGAGAGGAGCAAGUAGGAGACUCAAGCAUUCAUCUCAACCUGAGCUACUGGAGCGACCCUGAGGAGGAGUCUGGAGCUGAAGAUCCAAAUGUGAUGUCAGAUGAAGAUGCUUGGGCAAUAUCGGUGAAAGACAAGCUUGGAGCUGAUCACUCUCGGACCGGCCGUUAUUUUUACGCCGAUCGUAAUCCGACCUGUAACAUCUGCAACAGAACGGGACACGUUGCCAAAAACUGCUACUACCACAAGAAAUGUCCCACUUGUGUCCUCUGUGGGAUCCAGGGCCACAGCCAGGGGGACUGUCCCCGCCGACCCUGCCACAGCUGUGGGCUGCCCAAACAUGGCCUCAGGCAUUGUGAGAAGCCCCCCGUAUGGAAGCAGCUCUGCCAGCGUUGUGGGAUGAGAGGACACCUCUCUGAUUUUUGCCCUGAUACAUGGCGACAAUACCACUUGACGAUUCGGUCGCAGGCUCCUCUCAGACCAAAGAAAAUCCAGAGACUCAAAUAUAAGAGAUGCUUUGCUCAUUGUUACAACUGCUCUAAGAGGGGACAUCAUGGUUUUGAGUGCACUAAGAACAGGAUGGUCAGUGGGACAUUUCCUUCACUGCCUUAUGUUUUCCACUAUGACACUAUGGAAGACCUCCUCCAGCAUUGUAACAGAAGGCACGGAACAACCAAAGAGCUUGGGGGCGCUGGAUCCAUGCAGCACCCGUCUGAACCAACAGGGCAGCCAGGGGAGGAGAAUCAGCCGGUCCUUUGGAGGAGCGUGGUAAAGCAGGAGACAUGUGGCCGAGCUGGCAGGAGGAAGACGUGGCCAGAGCGGCGCAGAGAGAGACAGGAGAUAAAGAAACUAAGGAGAGAAGCUCAAGCCAGAAGACAAGGAGGUAUACUGGGGAGGUCUCGUCAUAAUUUUGAUGAUGCAGCAGACCCCUUCAAGUCCAAAUGUCAUCAUCACCGGCAGUCCACACCGCCUCCGAAGAGGAAAAAGAAGGAUGAGGCAGCUGUCAGAAAGAGCCGGAAGAGCAGAGAGACGGAGAGGUGGAAGAAGAGAGGAGGGAUGAAACGUGGGGAAAUAUAUCCUUCUGGUGAUGUCGACAAGGGAAGUGAAAACCUGCUCUCCCCAAAGCAAAGAGUACGUCACAGAAGAAGAUAAAAACAUUUUGUAAGUGACUUGCAACUGGAUAACAAAAAGGUGAAUCGUACCUUAAUGUGUUUUGAUUGAUUGAUUUGUAUUUAUUAACACAAACCACUGUAGAAUAGCGCAUACAGUUAAACUAUUUUCAUCUUCUGUGUACCGCGUUUGAAUGUACCUUUGUACUUUCACCUUGCUCUGUAAAAAUGUUUAAUUAUUAUCCUGACAUUUCCAAUGGUUUGUUUUGUAUUUUGUGAUCAGCUUUUACACUGUGUUUUUUGGCUCUGUUGUAAAGUGUGUUUUGUUAUCUCAUUAAAUUCACAGCCAGUUUGACAGUAACUGUAAUUUCUUGUCAUUAAAAUACUUGAAAUUGGUUCAGAGGCACAAACCUUUGAUUGUCCUU